UUCAUUUUACUACGAGUGAAACGAGAACAGACGGAGAGCAAAGAGGUCCAACAGCUGAACACAUUCUGCACUUCUGCUUCGUUUGGUUUUGUUUUUAAAGUCCUGCCGGCCAUGGAGAGGCGACGGACUUCCGUUUGGCUGAGAAAGCCCAUGUUUUGGAUCGUCUGUUUUCUGGUUGCUGUUGCUGAAGCGAAAGUGGCACCAAGCCACUCCAGCUCCCCACUGACCGUGUCCUCUGCCCACCGGUACUACACCUGUCCAGAGGGGGUGACUGCCAAGCUAGUGUGCAACCAGAAAAAUGCCAACUUACAUCCCGAUCACCACGUAAGGGAUCUCUGGCUCUUCACGCCCCACACCGACCUGCACUGUAAAAAAGGGGAAACUCCACGCAAUGUCAGCCAUAAACCCCGCAACUCGAAUCUAGGAGUGGAGAUGAACUAUACGAAUGAAAACAUGUGGGUGAUUCUCAGGAAUGUGACCCACGCCGACCAGGGCCGCUACUGCUGCAUAGCCCUGGACGUUAAGAUCGAUCACAAGCAACAAACAGCCCAGCAGAGUACCCACAGCCACAUUAUUCUUCAAGUUACACCAAAGAGAGACGGGGUGACCAGCUGCACGUUCUGGGAUCCCACACCUCCACCAGCAGCCUCGGUGCCCGUGGCUUUAGCCUUAGCUGCUUGCAUUCUGGCUCUGCUGUCGCUGCCUCUUAUUCUGGUCCUGGUCUACAAACAGCGAGAGAAUUCACGGUCAAACAGACGUGGACAGGAGCUGGUGCGGAUGGACAGUGAAGCUCAGGGCCACGAGAAUCCAGUGUUUCUGAUCGGAUCCCCACAGAUAAAGACCCGGACUGUUUCUCAGAUCAUGACCCGUCAGCCCUCUGAGACCAGUCGCCACUUAUUGUCGGACCCGGGAACGCCCCUCUCUCCUCCCGCACAUGGUGACGUUUUCUUCCCAUCCGAAGACGUCAUCCCUGAGAAUCCAGACCUGGUGCAGAUUUAAAGCCCGUUCUUCACCUAAACUGUUGCCCUGGAAAGAUUCCUGCAGCUCUUCUGUUCUUCCAUUCAUUUUAAUACCAAUACUAUCCUCAUGAGCUCUCUCACAAUAACUGCAUAAACACGUAUUGUUCCUGUCUGGAUUUGUCAUCUGUUCAUUGUCUGGACUGCAGGAGGGAGGAGCGCUGCGUUUCUGACCCACAUACCAUUUCCACCUGCAACAACAUCUGCAGGCCAACAGGUUGCAUCUGAUCACAGACCUGCCUCUGCUGGUGUCUUUUGUUAACCUUGUGAGAAGUGUUGAAAGUGGGAGUCUUGCUAUAAGCAGGCAGAGAGUGAUCUACUCAGCUUUUACAGAAAAUCAUUUAAGCAGCAAGUUCUUGUGAGCUCAAAUCCCCACAGAGUUCAAAUCGCCUGAACUCUGCUCUCUGUCAUGUGAACUUUCUAGGUGGUCAAAUUUAUACCGUCAAACCUCCUAUUGUGAAUGCAGCAGUUUUCUUUUGCUGGUCAUUAGAGAACUGUCAGAUAAACAGUUUCAUAAAAUCACCUGUCAUUAUAGAGUUCAUGUUCAGGAAUCAAACCAACAGACUCUGAAGCCCCUUUCAAAACUCUUAAAGCAGAACUUUUGGCCAUCUAUCUGUUUUCUGAAAGGACCAAAGCAGCAAGAAGGGUUAAAGUCAACCCACCACUGUUAUACUUCUCAGCUUCCAAACAAGGAAUCAACAGGACUUAUGUAAGGGUUAGCUGGCAUUGACGGCCUCUUUUACAAAAUACUUCAAGCAAAGACUGUGACAUCGUCUGGCUGGGUUUUUCUGUAAGGACUGGAGAGGUAAAAGGGGUUUGAUGUUAGUCAAACUACAACUCUGAGUUGCCAAGCGAGGUAACAAUGGCACUGAAAAGUUGACAAGAUUAACAGGAUGUAGCCAUCAACUCUUUCAUCAAACAGUUCAAAGCCAGAACUUGUGGCUCCAAGGUGGUAAAGGUGGCAGGAAUAAUUCUACCGUUUUCUGCCAAGCACAGCAGAAAUACUCGCCGUACCAAAGGGUUCGGGCUUUAUGGCUCCACAGCGUUAUGUAGCUACAGUCUUAUUUUACAGACAGACAGACUCAGAUGCUCAUUUGUCAUGUUUGUGUUUGCUAACAGAACCACCAAUCAAAGUUGCGACUAUACCUCAACUGUCGACUUGUGUGAGGUUUAUUGUCUUUGUGGGGUAUGAUGUAGAGCUUGUAAACAUCAGUCUGUGCCACCAGAUGAACACAAGAUUUAACAUAAAACCAAACCAAGCACUUAAUUCAGACUGGGAGAGGCACCCAGUGGGGGCGUGACGGAGCCACUGGUGCUCAGUGGGCAGAUGAGUCUGGUGCAGGUUGUUCAGGGCAGAACACAUUGGUGUAAGACAAAAACUGUGCUCGUAUUAUUUUCUAUUGAAUUUCCAAUAGAAAGGCACCGAUGUGCAUCAGAGGCACCAGUUGGUCCCAUGGCACUCCCCAAUAUCCAUUCCCCAGCAAGUAGAAACUUAUGGCAAUAAGUUCUACUGAGAGGUUGUUUUAUGAUAGAACUGUUUUGUGAAAGAGGUUUUAGGUGUGAUAAGACCAAAUAUUCUCCAAAACGUGGCAUUACAUUUCUUUUUGUAUGAUUUCUUCUCUGCAUUCCUUUCUGCCUUUGUGCUACCUCAGACAGACCUGAGUACCGCUUCUGUUUCUCUGAAUACUUUCCUUCCGUCCUGUACUUUUACAACUGCAUCAUAGCCUUAAACAUACUUGCAUAAUUAAAAAUAUAUUUCAUUUUUAGAGGAAGAUUUAAUUGUUGUCUCUGUGUAUAAUUAUGGAGAAAAAAAUCAUUUAUUUUUCUUGAAUGUAGCCUCACAGAUACUACCGCAACAAACAAAAGAAAAAUCUUCCAGGAGUUUAACUCACUGCCACUUCCUCUGGAUUUCACUGUGUUUAUGUCUAUCAGGGUAAAGGUUCAAUCCUACUUUUUUAUGUGUGCAAUGAGGUCUGAUAAGCCAAAACUGUAAAAUACUUUGAGCAAAAGGUUUGAAAUGUCAGUCGUAGCAACACUGAGAUGUUGCUGCAUCACUUUGCCCACGUGACUUUGUUAACCCACUUUUAGUGUUAUUUUUAAUCUGGGGUAAAAUGCAUACAGCGGAUGCCAAGCGGAAAUCAUCUGAAGAAGAAAAUGUUUAACAGGUUUAUAGGACAGAGUAACAAUUUGUUUUGUUUAGACAUGAGCCUGCUCACGAGUUUGUGGCUGGAUAUUUGAGUGUAAAGAAGGGAUUAAAGUUUUAAGAAUUGAUUUCUGGUGAAAAAUAAUUUUUGUACGCUUGAUGACUUUUAUAUUGUACCUGUGUGUUUUUAUACUGUAAAAAGCUUGCAUGACGGGAUAUUUCUUGCUUUUAAACAGCCCUGUUGGUAUUCUGUACAAUAAAAACGAAACUCUCGAAGCA